AUGGCCUCAGAAAAAUCAUCCAACUUGCCUCCGGGCCAAAGCAAGAAUAUCGCCAACUGGUCCGCCUUCCGCCGCCGUUAUCCCCCUCUGCCCUCAGCACGCAAUCCUCCUCGUGCUUCGCCCCGAAGACUACUCCCCCCUCGCCGCGAGGGCCUAGAACGUGGCAAAGGCAUCGUCGUCAAGGUUGGCGACUCGUUCUUCACGCUCAGCAGGCUCCAAGGUCUCAUUGAGAGCGCCCAUACCAAUGGCAAAAUUCCCCGCCGCGUUGUCUUGCCACGCGACUCGCUUGCUGCAGCAGCCAUGGUCGAGCGUUGGAAAGAUGUCAUUAUCGAGACCCGCCAAGCCGAGCUGGAGGCUGCUCUCAAGGCCAUCACGGAAGCAGAGAAGAAUGCGGCUGCCGUCAGAGCAACUGCUCAGGAUGGCGUGAACGACGCGCCGCAGACGAAGCGUCCAUUUUUGUGGGCGACUGUUCGGACAAGGAGCAGCUCUAUUUGGCUGCCCAUGGAGACCACGACAGCGCCUGCGCGGUUGAAGAAGUUUCUCCGCAAGGUACCGAUCCGACCAGUGUUCGAAAGGUCGGCUCGCAAUGUACCCGCUGCCCCGAAGAUGCCCAUGAGGAAACCUGUCAGUGAACAGCCUGUCUGCCCGCCACUUUUCCCCGAGAGUCUCGCAAACAAAACACCAACGCCCCAGGUUACAGCCCACAAGACCUCGACGGCGAAGACGCUGGCUGUCAAAGGCACGAAUCUGACACCAGCCGCCUUAACAAAAGCCACUCAAGUGCUAGAUCUUGUUACGCCAAUCACCUCCGAACCAGCGAGCAAGACGACAGUCGAUAGAGCGCCAGCAGCUUCGAAGGACCGUCCUUCACAAGAAAACAUCAAACCACCGGCGACCAAGCCAUAUGCGACUGAAAGGGUGACAAAAAAGAAGCCAGCCAGUCAGGCGCCAGUUCAGGCAACUAGCCAGCAGCAAUAUCAACUACUAGGGAUGCCAAGCCUUCAGGUGCCAGCCGCGUGGAAGACAAAAAAAGAGAUGACACCAGUCAACCCGCUUCUAGCCAACUAUAACCACAUUAGCCGGGACGUGCCAGUCAGCUCACAACCAUACGUGCGGAAGACAGCUACCGAUUCAUCAGCUCAGAGCCUGGCCAGUACACCUCCGACAAGGAAGACACCAAGCAACAGCGUGGUCAAACCCAGAACGUCGACCGGUUCAACGCCAGCUUCCAAGCUCCGAAUUUCCAAAACCUCAUAA